AUGAUCACUGGUGAUACGAUGUGUUUGAAGCACAGGGAGAUGAUGGAAGAGGGCUUGGAUGGGACAGCAGUCUAUGUGUGCGUCAAAAUGUACUCCCGUGACCUGAACCUGAGCCAGCCCCCGGUCAAGGUUGCGAGCAUGGCCCAGAUUGCAUCAGUAUUCCCCGAAAUCCCACGUGGUGUUCAUGCUGCAGUUGAGCUGUCUGGCGUCCAGAUUGACACUUUCACAAAAUUGUCAGACCUGGCAGACAAGUAUGGCAUGACAGAAGCUGCCAAGGCUUUGAGAGGGAUUGUGUUUGUGAGGCAGUCCUGCAGUCCGGCAGUCCGCUUCAACAGUGUCCCCAAGAUGCAGAGUGGCUCCGGAGUUGCCCGGACAUGUCGGCUGGAGAUCUUCGGAUUGACAGUCAUUGGGAUCCUCCAGUCUGAACUGUUUUGCCAGGGACCUCGUGAUCUUCAUGUUUUGGAAGUCUUCAGUCUUUCCAAGACACUGGUCAAUGCGGCAGAAACACGUGGGCUGAGUGCAGAGAGUUUCGACUACAUGAAUCCAGGGCAAGGGGACGUCUUGUCAGAGACUGGUUUUCAUCAAGCAAUUCGGAUGGUCAUGCGGUUGAAGGAAGCUGGUCUGAUGUGUAUUGCACCCGAUUGUUCCAGCUUUUCUUGGGCAUGCUCAAGUAAGACCAAGCGCACCAAGAAAAACUUUGCAGGAGACACUGGCAAUCCCACUGUCAGGCAUGGGAACUUCAUGGCUGAGGUGUCGUUCUUCCUGUUUGUCUUGGCAGCAGCACGCGGUGUAUAUGUUUGUUUGGAGAACCCAGUGGGCUCGACACUGUUCUCAUACCUGAAGGCACACAUCUUAGCGCUGGAUGCAGUCCUCAGUCCUCUGUUCUUGCUUGUUGACCGCU